AUGUUAGAUCCUGGGAAGCCAUCUUUCACACCCAAGAAAAGCAAAUCAAGUGUUGUCAUGUUUGUGGGUUUACAAGGGUCUGGAAAAACUACUACAUCUACAAAAUAUGCCUAUUACCACCAAAAGAAGGGCUGGAAACCAGCUUUGGUAUGUGCAGAUACAUUCAGAGCCAGUGCCUUUGAUCAACUGAAGCAGAAUGCAACAAAAGCUAAGAUUCCAUUUUAUGGAAGUUAUAUGGAGUCAGACCCUGUGAAAAUUGCUGUAGAAGGCGUCGAGAGGUUCAAGAAGGAAAAUUGUGAUCUUAUUAUUGUUGAUACAAGUGGUCGACAUAAACAAGAAGUAGCCCUCUUUGAAGAAAUGCGCCAAGUUUCUGAAGCAACGAAACCGGAUCUUGUUAUCUUUGUGAUGGAUAGUAGUAUUGGUCAAGUUGCAUUUGACGAAGCUCAAGCUUUUAAGCAAAGUGUUGUAGUUGGAGCUGUAAUUGUUACUAAAAUGGAUGGUCAUGCAAAGGGAGGUGGAGCUCUUAGUGCGUAA